AUGUCAGCAUCUGUGAGCUCUUCGUCUACGAGCAAGCGCAGUGAGGAGCACAGCUACCCGUCUUCGUCAUCUGCGACGGAAGCGACGCACUCGUCUUCCGCCAGUUCGAGCGACGACGCAUCCGCCGAUGGCUCAGAACAGAGAGCAUCUUCUUCCUCAUCUUCCUCUUCUGCGUCUUCCGCGGCCUCAUCCCGAUCGUCGCCGUCGCGCGAGGGAGACAGCAGCGGCGACGACGACGGAGGGGACGACGGGGCAGCACCACUGAAACUGCCCCGGCUGGAGGAGGUCGACAAAACACUUCACCACUCGACCAGCGGACCGACCACCAAUGGGCCUCUGCUGCCCGCAGCCGGCGGCUCCUCCAUCUUUCCCGCCCCUCCCGUACCUUCUCCUUCACUGAGCAAACCGGCCGGUCUGCCGCCGCGCUACGGGCCGGUCUUUCCGCCGCCGCCGGAAGCACCUCACUUCAGCGCGUGGGCCCCGCCGCCUCCCCCACCUCUACCGACGCUGAGCGCAUCUGCGAAGGACCUGACGGAGGUGGAUGUCCGCGCGGGGGUGCGCCUCGGGGUCUUCUGGGCCCCUACACGCCUCAACAAGGAGCAGAUCAUGGACGAAAUCGAGUCGGUGCGCAUGACGAGCAGCGUGGAGCGGGUGCUGCUGGAGUCGGCAGUGCGGUCGGAACUGCCCGGCGUGCCGGUGGAGGAGCGCGAAUACGCGUGGGCGACGGUGUUCUUCGCCGAGGCCGAGGCCGCCGAGCUGUGUGUGGCGCGACUGUGUCAGCCGGGCAGGCGCUCGAAGUGGUCGCGGGUGUGCAUACAACGCCUGCCGCUUUCCUCGCUCGCCGCGCUGCCGCUUUCUCCGCCCGAGGAGCAGCGCUACCGCGUCCACGCCUAUCAGCUGGAGUCGGUGGCGGACACGCCCGGCGCUGCGGCGGCGACGACGUCGGCGGUGACCGACACGGUCCUCGCUCGGACCGCCGGCGGGUGGUGUGUUCUGUCGACCGGUGGGCUGUUCCCCACUGUGGGUCUCGCCACCUAUCUGAAACACCGCCGUAGUGGCGACUUUAGCCGGGUCGAGGUGUGUCCUGCGUACCAUCCAGACCCCGAGCAAGACACCUGCGGUGCGGGCGGGCAGUGCAGCCGCCUGCAUCUGCGGGAGGUGGAGCAGUGGAAGCUGCUUUUACCGGUUGUGCUGCCAGCCAAGGCACCUGUGAGGACGUCACCGCACAUGAAGCCCGCGUCGGUGGGUCCGAAUCCAGUCACGGCAGCGGUCCCCGCGGCAGCCACGCUUGAUGAGACGCCUUGGCAAAAAGCACGACAUGACGAUUGCCUCGUCGUGAAGCCGCUGCCGGCGGAUAUCGACGAGCGCGCCUUCGUGUACAUGUUUCGCGGGUGCAAAGGCUUUCUGCGUGCCCAGACGGUGCGGACGGUCGACGCGAUGCGGUACGGUGUGGUGCAGUUUGAGAAGUCUGCCAACGCGAAGGAGGCGCGUCAGCAGGCGAUCGCCACCACUGCACUGCCGGUGCGAUUCUACGGCGAGGUGGACGAUAAUGCCGCAGCGCAGUUGAGGAACGCCGUUGCCAACAAUGACACGGCGAUUUGCACCGGUGUUCUUCCGCCGGCUGCAGCGGAGGCGGCAACGUCUGCCAGCGCCCCCACUGCCGACUCCGAUGCGGACCGGAACAACAACGUGCGCAAUGACAACGACGCCUGCGCAACUCCCGCAAACACCGUCGUGUCAAACAACGGCGCCGCGGCUGGUGCGACGAACGCGCCUGGGGUGCCGUUUCCGCCGCUGCCCGAGGGCUGGGAGUACGGACUGUCCCGCCGCACGAUGCAGUACUUCUUUCUCCAGUCCGGCAAGAAGUCUACAACAUGGAAGCACCCCGUGACGCAGGAGCCGUACAAGGCGCAGCGGUGA